AUGGAGAUACGCGAUGCAAUUCUUAUCGUCAGUGCUGUGGAGGAGCUCGUUCCGCGAGGGAACGGCCACCGGCGCAUUGCUGCGGUGACCGAUAAGCUCGUCGAGCUUGACAGUGUUUGUGUCAAGUUGCAGGCGGAGGAACGUUCUAUGGCGGAGGUGCGUCUGUUGUUUGACGCCUGUAUGGUAAAGUACCCAGAGAUGAUGAAAGUCCAGAACGAUCUCCCGCUUUCAUCUCCCGAGCAACAAGAAAUCAAGGCGUUCGUGCUUCCUACAAAUGAAUCAAGUCCUGCAGUGCGUCCUCGAGUUGAUUUUGCCUCAAUCGUUCUCCGGCAGGCAAAGAAACGUCGACGCUCCGAGCAUGUUGUCACUAAGUACGACCCUAUUUUGCAUGAAGUCCCUCCAACAAGCAACGCAUGCGAGCGUCUAUUUUCGGGGUGUAAGCUGGUCUUGACCUCUCUGCGUGCAUCAACCCUGCCUGCAAACUUUGAGGUAAUGAUGUAUUUGAGGGCUAAUAUGGAGCUUUGGAACAGCGCAACUCUUCUCGGUUGCAUUGAGGAUGACGAGGAAGGGCAUCUUUAG